AUGGGCACUGUAAUGGCACAAAUGCACUACAGGGAGGAAGCACACCUGGCACCACCACCAGGGAUGCAACAUGUCGAGGACACAAGUUUUCCAAUGUAUCAGGCUGCUCCAACUUGCAACCCUGUGAAGCAGACGAGGGUCUGGGGGAAGAUGAAGACAGUAGCUCAGAGCGUAGUUCAUGCACUUCUUCCUCCACCAACCAGCGAGAUGGCAAGUUCUGUGACUGCUGCUACUGCGAGUUCUUUGGCCACAACACGCCACCGCCAGCCCCCACAAGUCGAAAUUAUCCUGAGAUGCGUGAAAAACUUAGAUCACGUUUGA